UAACCUUGACAAAUCCGCGCACAGUUUUGACCCCCUUUUUCUCUCCCAGCAUCCCUCCUCCUCCACGCAGGGAUGCUGUGACGCCUGUAAGACAACAAGUGAAAAGAGUGGCAGGUGAUCAUUUGUCAUUGUGUUUAAUAAGCGGCACGUUGUGCGUCACGGUGCGCCCCGGACUCUCCACCCUGCAUGUCAAUAGGCAGCGCAGCAUGUGAUACUCCGUCCUCCUCCACCGUCCCGAGAGCGCUCAGUCAGUAACACAGCGAUACGAGACCUGCACGGCGGCUGCAUUCAUGUCUCUCUACACAUAUUUUCUGACAACUGCCUUCACAUCCAACCCUGGAUAUUGCUGAUCGCGGCAAAGGACUCACGGACUGAGGCCAAGAACUGGAAUCCAGCUGUCUCUCUUCAGCAUCACCCUCAUAGCUGCUCAUCUCUUCUCCACUCUUUGCCUCUGUCGCUUCUUUCUAUUCGCACCAGUUUCUCUAUUUCUUUCUCUUUCUCUCUCCAUCUCUCCACCCCCACCCCCCAUCCCUACCCCCAGCCUCCCUGAUGCCUAAGAACAGCAAGGUGACGCAGCGCGAGCAGAGCCAUGAGCAUGUCACAGAGUCGGUGGCUGACCUGCUCGCACACGAGGAGCCGCUCGACUACAAGAACAGCUCCCUGAACGUUGGAGGGGCCGCGGGGAAGAAAGUCCCGCAGAUAGAGGUGCCUGAAAACGAUGGACGACCCGCCUGGAACAGCAAACUGCAGUACAUCCUGGCCCAGGUGGGCUUCUCUGUGGGGCUGGGGAACGUGUGGCGCUUCCCUUACCUGUGCCAAAAGAAUGGAGGAGGUGCCUAUCUGGUUCCUUACUUCAUCCUCCUUAUCAUCAUCGGCAUCCCUCUCUUCUUCUUGGAGCUGGCUGUGGGUCAGAAGAUCCGACGUGGGAGCAUCGGGGUCUGGAACUACGUCUGUCCUCGUCUGGGUGGGAUAGGGAUGUCGAGUCUGAUGGUGUGUGGCUUUGUGGGUCUCUACUAUAACGUGAUCAUCGGUUGGAGCAUCUUUUAUUUCUUCCAGUCCUUCCAGUAUCCUCUACCGUGGAGCGACUGCCCUAUCAGAAAGAAUGGGACACUUGCCAUUGUGGAGCCAGAGUGUGACAAAAGCUCGGCUACUACCUAUUUCUGGUACCGUCAGACUCUGAACACGACCAGCACCAUCGCAGAGAGUGGCGGGCUCAACGUCAAAAUGACCCUGUCUCUGCUGGUGGCGUGGAUCAUCGUCUGCCUCGCCGUCAUUAAAGGAAUCGCCUCAUCUGGGAAGGUGAUGUACUUCAGUUCUCUGUUCCCCUACGUGGUGCUGUUCUGUUUCCUGGUCAGAGGUUUGAUGCUGAAGGGUUCAGUAGAUGGCAUCGCACAUAUGUUUACUCCCAAGUUGGAGAAGAUGUUGGAGCCUCAGGUGUGGCGGGAGGCAGCCACCCAGGUCUUCUUCGCUCUGGGUCUGGGGUUCGGAGGAGUCAUAGCCUUCUCCAGCUACAAUAAGAUCGACAACAACUGUCAUUUUGACGCUGUGCUCGUCUCUUUCAUCAACUUCUUCACUUCCAUUUUGGCCACACUGGUGGUGUUCGCUGUGCUGGGCUUCAAGGCCAACAUCAUGAACGAAAAGUGUGUCGUUGAGAAUGCGGAGAAGAUCCUGGGAUACCUCAACUCCAACGUCCUCAGUCACGAUCUAAUUCCCCCACAUGUGAACUUUUCCCAUCUCACCACGUCAGACUACGCUGAGAUGUACGGAGUCAUCAAGACGGUGAAAGAGGACGGCUUCGCCCAGCUGGGUCUGGAGCCUUGUGUCCUGGUGGACGAGCUCAACAAGGCUGUCCAGGGCACCGGUUUGGCCUUCAUCGCCUUCACUGAAGCCAUGACCCAUUUCCCAGCCUCUCCGUUUUGGUCCGUCAUGUUCUUCUUCAUGCUCAUCAACCUCGGUCUGGGCAGCAUGAUCGGCACCAUGACUGGCAUCACCACGCCCGUCCUCGACGCCUACAAAGUUCAGAAGGAGCUUUUCACAGUGUGUUGCUGCAUUGUGGCUUUCUUCUGCGGCCUGUUGUUCGUGCAGCGCUCAGGAAAUUACUUUGUCACCAUGUUUGACGACUAUUCAGCUGGUCUGCCCCUCACAGUAGUAGUCAUUUUGGAAAAUGUGUCUGUUGCUUGGAUAUACGGCACUAAAAGGUUCAUGCAGGACCUGGAGGACAUGUUGGGUUUCCGGCCGUGUAUAAUCUACUUCUACCUGUGGAAGUACGUCUCCCCUCUCUGUCUCAUCGUUCUCAUCUCAGCCACGGUCAUAGAGAUGGCCAUCAGCCCACCAGGAUACAACGCCUGGGUUCAAGAGCUGGCUCAGGAACGCUUCCAAAGUUACCCUCCCUGGGCUCUGGCCAUGUGUUUCGCUCUUAUCAUCGUAGCCAUGCUUCCCCUCCCUGUUGUCUUCAUCGCCCGCCACUUCAACUUGAUGUCCGACGGCUCCAACAAGCUGUCCGUCUCCUACCGGAAAACUAUGAUGAAAGAUAUGUCCAACCUGGAGGAGCAGGACGAGGCCAGAUUCAUACUCGGCGCAAAACCCGGCGAGGCCCCCAUAGCGCCGGCACGCAGACCCUACCUGACCCCCGGAGGGAACAAACCCAUGGACCCCAACUCCCUGUCACCAAACAGCUGCUACGGUACAAGCUACCAAAACGCUGCCAUAAGCCCGACCACACCGAGUACACCGGACACGCCUGUCACACCAGAGUCUGACUCUUGAAUGCUCUCCAACUCUGACAAACACCCCUCAGACACCAACCCUGUAGUACAGUUUACGUUUCAGCCAUAAAAUCUCCACUGGGGGUCACUGUAGCACCAAGUAUCCCCACCACUGCCCCAUUAAUGCCACAAAACUACAUGUAGCCAUUCCUUUAUCUGAGCACACGCUUCCCAAAAUACCACCAAGAAACCACCUGAGAAGAUUUCAGAAGGUUUCAGAGCAUCUAGAUAAGUCUUUGGAGAUAUUUCUUAAUACCAGGAGGGAAAAAAAAAGACAAAAGUCACUCCUGAUCAAACACUGGAAUCAGGUUAAUAGUGACGUACUGUACAUUUGUAUCUACUGUGUAUUUAAAGUCAUCAGGUUUAUGUGCUGUAGACGAUGUCCUGUGAUCUGCUUUUCUUUGCCUUAGUAGAGGGAUCCUCAGCAGACACAGUCCUCACAGCGUGAUGCACAUGUUUGUCUGCACAGUUCAGGGGAAGAAUGAAUGUAGUGGAGUCAGUUUGGUCCUGCUGUCUGAACAGGUGGAAAACCAUAACAGGUUUAGGAGUCUGAUUAUUUAAAAUUUGUCAGUGUUUGCGCUGCUGCCCUCUGUAGGAAUGCUGGGUGUCACAGACCAGGUCAUGUUCUGUUGUGUGAUGUGUUUACGUUAAGCACAGACACGCAUCACCUAGAAAAGAUCAUCUCGUCGUGUAGAUUUGUUUCACAGGACUCUCUGUAAUGUAAAAUGUGCUGAAGGCUGCUCUAAAGACACCCGAUUGUGUUCCAUUCAGACCCCAAGUCAACCUCCUGCUGUAUUUUGUGCGUGGUCCUUAAUGUUCUUGCUCAUUCUGUAAAAACAGCGAUGUACAGUGUAGUAAUGUAAUAUAGGAUUAUAUAGUUUUUGUUACCUGCCAUUUAAAACCAGUGUCAUCCUCCAUUACACACAACUUGUGCUGUAGAAAAUCAUUAAUUUCAGUUUCACCAAAGAGUAAAAAGUAAAUAGCAAAACACUUGAAAACUAGUACAGGUUUAUAGUCCUGAACCACAAAGAUCAGUGACAGGAAGCACAGUUUGUUAAUGUGGAUACAUACAAAUGUCCAGUUUGUUUGUUUGUUUGUUUGAUGCAGUUUUUACUUUCAUCCUAUGAAAACAUUACUAGAAAAGCACAAAAGAGACGCUUAUUGUGCACAAAAGAAUUACUGGCUCACAUGUGAAAUUAAAAUUAACUGCUCUA